AGCUGAUGUAAUAAGGAGUGACUUGGCUACUUUUAGUUUAGAAAAAAUCCUUUAUUUUACAAAAUAAAAACUAAAAGUUAACGCGGACGAAGUCUAGGGCGGCCGCUAGUAACACAUAUUUAUUUAUUUUUUCUAGAAAGAAAAACUACCACACACUGCCUUUUUGCUUAAUUUUACGGAUUUGGAGUUUCCCAUAUUAUCCAGUCAUUAGCGCUACUCUCUGCCCGAAGCCGCUAAGGAUGAGGACAGGGGAAGGGGAAGGAAUUAACCUAAAUAUCGAUAUUACUUGCAUCUUUAACCACCACCGCACUUUCACUUGUCAUUGUCACUGGGCUGCGUUCAAAACCUACGCUCUGAGUCUCUCGCCUCUUUACCCUGACGUUUAAAUUUGACAUAAAAUGUACGAAACUUAUGUCAAAUUUGACAUUUCUUGAACCUAGACGUAGGUUUGGAACGUAGUCUUGCAACUUAUUUCGACAUCGCACGCAGAUCGUGGAGACGCCGAUUUUUUCUUUCAUGUGACAGAGUGCAACUAUCAUGAUAAAAUUAUAGUACAAAAAUAUCAUUGAGAACCAUAACAGUUGCCAAAUAAUGUGUAGUAUCCUCACUCGGUUUAGCACGGUCAUACAUUAAAGUGCAACGUGAAUUUGGUUAAACAAAUUACAACAUGGAAAUCUUAGAAACUAUUUACCGAAAUGUUAGGGCACAGCUCGCUGGCUUACCGGCUUCUAUACCAAAAACUUUAGAUUAUGUAAACAAAUCUGCAAGUAAACUGAGAGUUCCUCCAUUUACGAGAGAUAAUGUUCUAUAUUACUAUUUACCAUUACAAGGUCUCUUCAGUUACACAACUUUAUCAGUGAGUGUAAUGAACCCACAUUUGAUGGUCAGAUUAUUUCCUCGUCGAGAUAUAACUGAUGUGUUAUUCCUGUCAGCGGGUGGAGGAGCAGGACUUUGGUUGUGGGCACGUCCACAUAUGGCUGCUGCAGUACCUGCUAGGCGUUUCUCAUGGGCUUUCCUUGGAGGCUGCCUCUGGCCCUUAGGAUCAAUAUUUUUAUGGGCAAUUCUUAGAAGUUCAGUUGGGCAGCGUCCUAUUUUAGGAACAAUUCUUGGAAUCACCACUGGAGCAAUGCUAACAAAUAUAGCACUUGAUUAUUUUCAUUAUGUAGAACUAAUGUUUUGUGGUGAGGUUCAUUUACCAGAAGAUACUAAUACACCUAAUAGUGAUGAUGAAAAAUAUGAUAUUGAUAUUUAAUCGUUAGGUGAUUAAAGCACAUGCUCUGUUCUGUAAAUAAUGCACAAGGUAUUAAGAGAAAAGUUUGAGGAUAUAUGAUAUUAUUUGGUAAAGGUUAAGGUUUUUGAUUUACAAAUAAUGAAUAAUUUAAUUUAAAAAGUGUUUAUCUAAUGAUAUUCAUGUCUGCACCCAUUGUUGUAUGAUUAAAUUAUCAAUGUACUGCAUUGUCUAGUCUAGCACAAAAGCUGAUUUAAAUAUAUUUGGAUAUUGUAACUUUACAUGGCAUUAUUUACUAUAUAUUUAUUUGUGAUUUUAACCUCAGCUCUUCACAUUAAACUGUAGAUGUAUAUGUAAUUAAUAUAAGGGUCAGGCCAUGACACAUUUAUUAUCUCUGUAGUUACAGAAAAAUAAUACAAUUCACCUCCCCUGUCUUCUUCCCAUGGAUGUUGUAAAAGCUAGCCAAGGGAAAGGAGAGCUUCCAUCCACUUUACUGGUAGACUGAAGUACAACCAGAGGCCCAAGCACGAAUUUUUUACAGCUCUGUAACAUAUCGUAAUAGUCAAAUUUUGUAUGGAAAAAGCUAGUUUGUUCUUACGUCUGAUAGGUUUCAUAGAAAAUAACAAUGCAAUACUUAUUGGAGCUGUCAAAAAUUCUGUUUAUUACCUGUUUGGAUAAUCCAGUUGACUGGACCAUGGUUAUUUUUUUUUUCAGUAGUGAAGUUAACCAGACUUCUGUAAAAUAAAUACCUUCCUGGUACAGUUAACUGUUUCAUGGCAUAAGUAUAUUUUCGUAUGUUAAGUUAACUGUACCACUGAAAAUUAUCCGUAAUGUUUCAUUAUUAGGUAAAACUUUUAUCAUACUUAUCUAAAUAAGCUCUUAAUCUAGCAUUAUACUAUUUAAAAAGUAAAUUGCUGCACUGUUUUUCGUACUAUCAGCUCGACAAAAUUUGGUAGUUUCAUGAAAGUGUUUAUUAAGGCGUUUUGCAGACGACGGGGCGGGGAAGGCAUUUUGUCCGCGAA